AUGAGCUUGAGUACGCCUAAUGAUGAGGCUUCCAGACGAAGCCCGUCGGGUAGUAUCAGCAGCACUGUCCGAACUGAACGAGCCAGUGCUAGGAGUAGUCGAAGUUCGCGGAAUAAUCAGCUGCACGUCGAGUAUAUCCUAGUUGCCGAGUUCUCCAUUGAUAAAGGACCCACAAUGGAACAUCAGUACCCAAAUGCUAUCAGUGGCGACGAACAUAUGCUCGCCGAACUUAUGCUACCGGACCAAGCUCAUGUCCGCAUUCAAGAUUGGACUAUAUUCUUUUUGCACAAAGACGCAGAACGGGAAUCAGUCGAAGUAGACGCCUCGGGCCAUGCGCCUUUAAUAUAUGUACUCAAUUUAGUCAAUACAAAGCAUGAUAAAAGAGAAAAAAGAGGCGCAAAAGUAAAGGCCAUGGCCAUAUGCACCAGGCAUUCAUUCCUUCAUAUCUAUAAGCCUAUCCUACUCCUUGCACUUGAGGAAUACUUCAAAACACCUACUGUAGAUACACUCGCAGAGAUUUUCACAGCUGUGAAUGCAAUGGAUCUUUCAGCCAUGCCGGAUUUUUCUAUUUUCGAACGCCAAAUUCUCUCUUCUAGUGAACAGAAAGAAAUGUUCACUGAAAAAUUUGAAGAGAUGGCCCAUAUAUAUCCAAAUGCCGCACAACAGCAAAUGAGGUCCCCCUCUUCUCUAGGAAUGCUGACAACUGGGGACGAAGAUCCAGAAACGAGGGCGACGACAUAUAUUGAUCUAGCACCAGGAAGGAAUAAACUUGUAAAUGGGAGGAUCACAAUUAACAGAGACAGCCACGAGUUUGAAACCAAGGUUGUUUAUUCCGGUAUACCUAUACCUAUCAAGGUUCCUGUUGCAAUAAUGCCCGAAACUGUUGGAGAUUUCUCAUUGAUACACUUGAUAUCGACUUUCUCUCAGCAUCACUCCGCAAAUCCCCAACCAUUUGCCCUCCACCCCCACCUCACUACAAAUGGCCCAUAUACACAUCCAAUUAUUGUAUUGGUCAACGGGCUUCUUACACAGAAAAGAAUAAUAUUUCUCAGUCAUCUAAGACCUUCUGGCGAGGUCGCAGACCAUGUGCUGGCUGCGUGUUCACUGGCAUCGGGCGGUGUAUUGCGUGGGUUUACGCGGCAUGCGUUCCCAUAUACAGAUUUGUCUAAAGUUGACGAACUACUUUUAGUUCCAGGGUUCAUAGCUGGUGUCACCAAUCCUACUUUUGGAAAUCAUCACGGCUGGUGGGAUAUCCUGUGCAAUAUUGAUACUGGUAGAAUAAAGAUCUCCCCUGAAAUCAAGCCAUGUCCUCCAGGUGACGGUGCCAGUUUUGGCGGGUUUGCGAACAUCAGUGGCCACGUCGAUACUGGAGAUAAUGCGUUCAUGGAUGACGUCUUGAACUGCAUUUCUUCCAAAUUCGGCGAAAAGGCACUACGGGCCAAAUGGCGAGAUUGGAUUGUGCGAUUCACAAGAAUGGCCGCAGCAUUCGAAGAGUUAAUUUAUGGAUCUAGUGCCCUGUGGAUAGGACAUGAAGAAAACCAUGUUAUCCGUGGUCAUGGAUAUGUUUGGCCAGAUGAACAAACUAAGAUGAGGGAUCUAGCGGCGAACAUGGCUAGGAUAGAGGGAUGGAGAGGUAGUAGGACAUACCAUUCAUAUUGUCAGGAAAGAUGUUCUGCAAUUCUACAUGGCAAAACCAAUCAAGAAAAUCAAGGAGGAUUAUUUCCAAUCGCAGUUGGUCUCUUCCAUCCGCUGCAGAAAGUACGGUUUGCAGUUGUGGAGUUGCUGGAGAGAAUAAGUACACACAUGGCUGGACGUCAUUUCUUCAAUUCGCUCAAUAAAUUUCAGAAAUUGGCCUUCAUCCGUCUUCAACAAGAGAAACUAAACACGGCAGCUGAAAGUCCAAAUACUGGUGUGACUAUGGGUGGAUUGAAUAUUGCAGAUGCCGUCACAAAAUAG